AUGGAUGAGUUUUUGGAGCAAGAGUAUGUGUUAGUGGAUAGUGAAAAUUUUGAGGAUUACCUUAUUUUUUUGGGUAUAAGUUACAUAGCGCGCAAGGCGGCGUUAUCUCUGCGGCCGCGUCAGCUGUUAACAAAAGACAAUGAGGGUAGAUACACGUUAAGCUUCAAAUCAAAGUUAGUCAACUCAACCGUGUCGUUCGUUCCAGGGCAGGAGUUUGAUGAAGUUAAACCUGAUGGAGUCAAGGUGAGAGCAUCAAUAGAAUUCGAAGGGAAUAAAUUAAUUCACACACAAACGGAAGCUAACGGCAGAACCGCUCAUCACAUCCGGCAGUUUUUUGCUGAUAAAAUGAUUAUGACAACCACGGCGAAUGGUUUCGAUAAAACAGCAGUCCGAUACUUUGAGUUGGUUAAAUGA